GAUUUUGCACGUAUUUUCAAUAAUUGUAAACGCUAUAUUUGCAUAUUCCAAAUGCUCUAUAGGUAGAGUUUCACAGAGCAAGUAGAGUUUUAGAUGAAUAUUCUUUAACGUCUUAUUUCUAAAGUAUUUUCCGGUCUAUUUAACUAUGUAAACAGUACGAUUUUAUUUGUAUAGAUGCCCUGGAAAAGACCAGAGUCGGUUCCAGUUGGGAAAGUAUGGAGCAGAUUUCAAGGCAGAGAAAGGAAUGGAAAACCAGCCUGUAUGUAUCAAAUCCGCGACAUGGAGGCACACGACAGGAAGCAGUGCCUGGACAUGAUGCAGCAGACCUUCCUCGAUGAUGAACCGCUUUGUCAAGUUUUAGAAAUCCAAAACGACCCUGCGUCCAUACAAACCAUAAGGAACAACUGGGAGGCCAUGGCGGACCAGGGGCUGUGCAUAGCUUGUUACACAGAGGAGAAUGGACAACCAACUGAGUUGGUGGCUUUUAACAUCCUCGUGGUGAAGAGUAAGGGUGAUGGUGAUGAAGAUUUUGAUAGUAUAAAAGGAGAACAAUGGAAGAAGCUGCUCCUAACUCUAAUAACUGCGGAAGAGUUGGUGAAUCUCUUCGAACACUUUGGAGUGAGUGAGUUCUUGACCUCGAGUGGUCUCACUGUAGUGAGUGGCCAUAGAGGACAGAAUAUUGGCGCUAGGAUGAUAGAAGCUAGAGAACAAAUCUGCAAGACCUUCGGUUUAAAAGCAGUUGCUACAGUUUUCACAGCGAUAACCUCCCAGGUUCUAGCAGCUAAAUGCGGUUAUCAAGUGUUGGCGGAACUACCGUAUGUCGAGAUGAAACAACAUGGCGUCGAUCUGACAGAAUGUUCUACACCUAGCGCUAAAUUAAUGGGGAUAAAAUUUAGUUAGUUUACGACUUGAUGAUAAUUCGGUAGUUAAUUUAAAAAUAGUUCAAAAUAUAGCACAAAUAUGUAGCGACACCUCGCAUUGAAAUUAAUAUAAUUAAUAUUGAAAUUAAAUUGCAAUAUUGAAA